AGACUUUUCCACCGACGGCCAUCCUGGCACUAAGCUCGACAGAUUACUUACUUUUCCCCUCUUAGACCUCCACCGCAGUCUUUGUUGCCAUCUUUGAGCCCAAAUGUCAACAGAGCAGAGUUUCAUAGGUGUCACUCCGCCCAUUUCAGUUGCAGAUUCUACCGAGAGGGAAAAGGAAGUGACUAUCACCUUAAUGGAAGAACUUAGACGGCAGGGAACGUUUGAAUCUGAAAAGGAGGCACAGACUCGUGAAAUCGUUCUGGGUCGCGUUUCAGCGCUCGUAAAAGACUUCGUGAAGAAAGUUGGGAUAGAAAGGGGCCUUUCCGAGGCUGCAGCGAGCGCGGCGGGUGGCAAAAUCUUCACUUUCGGGUCUUAUCGACUGGGGGUGCACGGUCCAGGGUCUGAUAUAGAUACCCUUUGUGUCGUUCCGAAACACGUUCAAAGAGAAGACUUUUUUGAAAUUUUCGAGCCGAUGUUGCGAAAUUUUGAGGGUGCUACUGAGGUCGCCGGUGUUCCGGAAGCCUAUGUACCUAUUAUAACUGCAAGUAUCUCUGGAAUUCCACUUGAUUUUUUGAUGGCCAGGCUUGCUCUCACAACAAUACCGGAAGAUUUGUCGCUACAAGAUGACAACUUACUUCGGAACAUCGACGAGCGAUGUGUUCGUAGUCUUGGAGGUUCUCGUGUCGCAAACGAAAUUCUGCGACUGGUACCGAAUGUUGAAGUGUUUCGAGAUUCAUUGCGGUGUAUAAAGCUUUGGGCACAGCGGAGGGCCAUAUAUUCCAACGUGAACGGGUUCUUUGGUGGCGUUGCUUGGGCUAUGGUUGUAGCCCGGAUAUGUCAGUUAUACCCGAAUGCGAUUGCGGGCGCAAUCGUAAGCCGAUUUUUUAUUAUCUUGUACCAAUGGUCAUGGCCCCAGCCUGUACUCCUGAAACAAAUCGAGGAGGGACCGCUACAAGUCAAAGUCUGGAAUCCAAAACUUUAUUCCGCAGAUCGGCAACACCGAAUGCCCAUAAUAACACCGACUUAUCCCGCUAUGUGUGCUACUCAUAACGUCACAGCUUCCACACAGUCCAUCACGACUGAGGAGUUCAAACGAGGUGCUGAUAUCGUGGACAGAGUUAUUGUUGGUACAGCUAACUGGUCUGAGCUCUUCGCCAAGCACGAUUUCUUUCACAAAUACAAGUAUUAUCUUCAAAUCAUAGCUUCAACUGGUAACGCAGACCUGCAAAUCAAGUGGUCAGGAACGGUCGAAUCGCGAAUACGCCUGCUUGUCAAGCAACUAGAAUUCGUCGAUACAUUGACAUUAGCGCAUCCGUUCGUCAAGGGCUUCGAACAAGUCUCUUAUUGUUUAUCCGACGAGGAAGUUCGUGCCGUGGCACAGGGCGAUAUCUCUGAUACGAUUAUGAAACGCAAACUAGAAGAUAUUGAAGGCAAGGAAGGCGCAGGGCCUGUGUACACCACAACCUUCUAUGUGGGAUUAGCCAUAGAGCCAAGACAACCUGGUGCGGUUGGCCCACGGAAACUAGAUAUAUCAUACCCAACAAUCGAGUUUACCAACGGUGUAAAAAUGUGGGAGAAGUUUGAUGAACGAAAAAUGGGAAUAGUUGUCCGGAAUAUCAGAAAGUGCGUGGCCAAUUCUUUCAAGUUGGCGAUUCCAAUUCAUUCGCCGUCAGGUCUGCGUUACCCGACAAUGUGUUUGAUCCAGGUGAAAGACAGCCUAAACCAGCGGCGAAACGACCGAAGGGCCAGGGCAAAUCGAAUAACACGUCCUCAGAUAUGCCCAGCAAAAGGAUCAAAACGUUUGUUUCAGAUGUUCUUACACCCUCUCACAGCCUCUACAAUCUACGUUUUUACCAGAUCUGCCCAUCCAACGUCCGAUGAACCUCCAAUCAAGUCCAGCGAAAACGGUGCAAUUCCUCCGUUACCUCUCACCCCGGUGGUCGAUAACGCCACGCCAGCUCACCUGAAAGAAAGGACGGACUUCAAAUCCCCUCAAUUACCGUUCGGUGAAAAUGUUGCUGUUGCCACUGGUACCGCCACAUAGAGGAAAGAGGUCGUCGGGCCUCUAAUCUGACCGCUACUUCGCGAAGCUCUCCAAUUACUUUUAACUGCGACCAAUUGGUUUACAAUAUUCUCUUUUACAGAAUCUAUUGGUGCGCAUACUUUCUCUAGCUUACAGGCGAUCGUCUCAGCCCUUCUUUUCUCAAAACGGUUGUUCGGGAUGCGAGCAAAAGAGAAUAGUUUGUGACUUCACUUGUCUUCUUCGUUCUGAAUCCCUUCUCCGCUUUUUCUUACAUUAUCUGUCAAUACAAGGUAUCAAGCUAUGCAUUUGCGUUGUAUCCUGGUUUAUCUCGAGAACAUGUAUUUUACUUUAGCCUACAUCAUAUAAAUACCGUUGACGUUCGUAUCGAUA